AUGCAAUGGACACAAAGUAAUGAGAAAACAGCGAUUCAGUGUUUGAGUAGUCAAAAUUGGAAUUUGGAGUUGGCGUGUGAUGCGUAUUAUCAAAAUCCACAUCUUUACAUUUGCUAUGCGGAUGCAAUCGAUCAAAAAGCACUUCAAACAUUCUUUCAUCGAUAUGCAAAUGGCUAAUGUCAGUUGCUGUGGUGUGCUUUCCCAAUUUUACGUAUCGAAAUGCGGUUUUCAGAUCGACAAGAUGGAGAUCCAAGUCGUAUCGGGCCGCAUGGAAUGCUCAAGCUAUUAACGGAUCUCGGUUUGGAUCCCACCGAGAGGACUGUGCUGGUGUUGGCUUGGAAACUCAAAGCUCAAACACAGUGCGAAUUUUCUUGGCAGGAAUUUAGUACGGGUCUUACUGAUAUGAGGGUUGACUCAAUCGAUAAAUUAAAAUCAAAAUUACCAUCGCUGAAUGACGAAUUAAGAGAUCCACACAAAUUUCGUGACUUUUAUCAAUUCACAUUUAAUUAUGCUCGUGUUUCUUCACAAAGGACUCUUGAUGUUGAAACAGCAAUAGCGUAUUGGGAUAUCGUAUUCGGUGGUAGCUUCGGAUACCAGUCUCUUUGGGUUAAAUUCCUUCGUGAAAAGGGUGUACGCGCAAUCUCUCGAGAUACGUGGAAUCUUUUGCUGGACUUCUCGCAGACGAUUCGAGCUGAUUUUAGUAAUUAUGAUUCCGAAGGCGCAUGGCCAGUACUCAUUGAUGAGUUUGUGGAAUAUGGUAAAAGUAUGAUCAGUAAUACAUGA